UCUUUUUAUCUCGGUCUGUCUCUCUCUGGGGAUCACCAAUCUGUCCAGUUCUUCUUCAAAGUGUGUCCUGCCCUCUUCUUUUCUCAGGGUGAGAAGACACUAAACCUUCAAGAUGUCAGAAAAAAAAAUGACCUCUAGCCGUAGGCAUCAUCUGAAGAGCCUGCUUCUCUCCAUUGCCUUGGAGCUGAUGGAGGCUGAAGCCAAGCAGCUGGUUGUCGAUAAGGAGACUUACAUGGAUGAGCACUGCUCUUCUCUCAGUCUGCCAGGAUCCGUACAAGACCUGCAGGAAUUGUGCAAGAAGCUUCACCAACAGAUCGACAAGAUUGAUGAGGACAGAUAUGACAUGGAAGCCAAGGUUACCAAAUCAAACAAGGAGAUUGGCGAUCUGAAAAUUAAGGUGAUCGACCUAAAGGGCAAGUUUAAGAAACCUGUGUUAAAGAAAGUGCGAAUGUCCGCAGAUGAUAUGCUUCAAGCUCUGCUCGGCUCCAAACACAAAGUGUCCAUGGAUCUGAGAUCCAACCUAAAACAAGUCAAGAAGGAGGUCAAAGAAGAGUCAGUAGAACAAGUCGGUGACUGGCGUAAGAACAUCGAGGAUAAGGCUGGGAUGGAUGGCAGAAAGAAGAUGUUUGAGACCGAGGCUUAAGAUGUGUAGUGUUUAUGCUCUCAUAUGUCUUAAAUUUUCUCUGACAAAAAUCUUUCUACCCUUUCAACCUCUCGUUCCAAUACAAAAACUUUUUUCCUGAACUAUUUUGCACAUUUGACAUAGCUACUCACAGUGUUGUAUGGCAUUAAAGAUGAAUAUGUAUGUCAUACGUGCCUUUGUGUUUUUGCUCAACAAUUAGAGUUCUGUAGUA